AUGGCGGGCAAGCGCAAGGCCCCAGACGCUGACUGUGACGUCAACAAUGCUGUCGUCCCCAGCCAGCCUCCGCCGCUUCUACCAUCGGUGUCCACCGACGCGUGGGCGACGUCGGCUUCCGUGGCGGCGGCCACGGCGGCGAGGCAGCAGCAGCGCGGGAGGAAGCGGUUCGUGGGCGUGCGGCAGCGGCCGUCGGGCCGGUGGGUGGCCGAGAUCAAGGACACCAUCCAGAAGAUCCGCGUGUGGCUCGGUACCUUCGACACCGCAGAGGAGGCCGCGCGUGCCUACGACGAGGCCGCAUGCCUCCUCCGCGGCGCCAACACGCGCACCAACUUCUGGCCGCGCCCCUCGCCGCCUCCUGCCGCCGUCCAGCCGCCGGUUGCGAUGCCUCCGUCGCCGGCGCUGCCGUCCAAGGUGUCCAACCUCCUCCUCCUCCGCCUCAAAGCACGCAACCAGCAGAUCCUCCUCAACGACGCCGUGCCGCAGCAAGAAGCCGCGCUGCUGCACCUGCAGCAGCAGCAGAACAUGAGGUCCUCGUCGACGUCGUCGUGCCAAGAAUCUUACGGGCAUGGCCGCGAAGAGGAGUACGGCUUCCAGGUCGACGACUUCCUGAGCGACGAGUGCAACAACUCGCCAGAAAUGGGCGAGGAGGAGGAGGAAGAAGAGGUGGAGGAGGAGGAAGAGGAGCUGAACUUUCAGUUCAUGGAAACGGAAGCCGGGGGCGAGGCGAGCGCGCUCUGCUCCCCGUUCGAGAUGGUGGCCGAAGAGCUCGGCGGCUCGGUGCCCACGGAAGCCGACCACGUCGACGGCGAGCCGGAAACAGCGGUGCAGGAGGCUGUGAGGAGGAUGAACUACGAGAGGAAGGUGUCCGCGUCGCUCUACGCGCUCAGCGGCGUGUCCGAGUGCCUCAGGAUGCGCCUUGGCAGCGGCGGCGGCGCGGCGCGCGAACAGCUCUCCGGCCUGCGUGAGGCGUGCCGGAAGAAGCAGCGAGUAGCACCGGCGCAACAGCAAGAGCAAUCCCCAGAACCAGCUGCUGCUGACGCGGAGGGUGGUAAAGCUUCAGGCCAAGAAGAGCGUUCCGGCAGCAGCAGUAGCAGUGGCCUCACGCAAGCGGCGAGCUCGUCGUCCUCGUCGGAGGCAAACACCACCGACGGUGAAGUGCUGCUGUGGAGCACCCUGGAUCUGGCCCCAAUCUGCUUCAUGGCAUAG